CGCGAUAGUGCGAUAUCAAGAUGGCAGCCUCCAUGCAGUGGCGGAAAUCUUUGAAAUUUCAUGAUAUUUUCCAAUAUUUACGCAAAGUGCAGGAACAUGCAACGAAAGAAACAGAUUCAAAGGACCUCUUAGCAGUCAGAGGUUGUGAUAUUUACGUGUGGAACACAAAUGGAUCCGACAUUUUGACGACAAACCUGAAAUACAUUGCAGAAAAAUCUGACCCAGAAAAAUCUUCCAAGCUUCCAUUUCAGAGAUUGUUUUGUACUGAUCCUCCCUUAUUUGAUGUUGAAAGUAUCUUACUGAGCCCAACUGGGAAUCUUCUUGCCCUGAUUGGACCGAGGGGCGUUAGUGUUGUUGAGCUGCCGCGUCAAUGGGGAAAAUAUGCCAGUUUUGAAGGUGGCAAGGAAAAGAUCAACUGCAGGACUCAUGCGAUAGAAGAACGCCACUUCUCAAGUCACAGCAAAGUGAAGGUGCUCCAUGCUGCUUGGUACCCUGGAAGUGAAACUGAUUCUUGUCUUGUGGUGCUCACAUCUGACAGUCAGCUCAGAUUCUAUGAUGUGUGUGAUGGACAUGCCCCAAUCCAGGUCAUCCCAUUAUCAGAUACCGACUCCGAGUUUGGAUCUACUGUUGACCUGUCGACCACAAGGAAGGGUUUCACAGUGGCACUUGGAGAACUACCUGUUUCCUUUGACUUUGGUGAACCGAUCCCUGUCCAGUAUGGCAAGCAAGAAGACCAGAAAGAGAUGGUGCAACUCAUCUAUAUUCUUUGGGGCAAUGGCAAUGUUUAUUCACUUGCUGUUAGCCUCACGUCAAAGAGAUUUUCUAAACCCCAGUUGACCGGCCCCCUGUCCAUGCAUCCACCGGCAGAAGAUAACUACGGAACUGAUGCAUGUUCUAUCCUGUGUCUGCGUAGUAAUCCACCGGUGCUGGUCGUCGCUACGUGUUCAGGCAACCUUUAUCAUUGUGUGGUGCUCAAUCAAGAAGAAGAAAAAUAUUGUGAGUUGUUCUCUAAGCAGCCCAUACCCCUGCCAGAGUCGACUCUCUAUGUCUACGAGAGUGUAGAGCUGGAAUUAUCUUUGACGACCGUGGCUAUAGAAACAGAUGAAGUCAUUGAGGACGACUUCUCUUGUCCAAUCAAAUUACACAGAGAUGAUGCCACCUCUAUCCGGUACCAUUGUUCCCACAGUGCUGGUGUCCAUACCGUUAUCCUGCCAUGGAUAGACAGCCUGGAAAACUUCUGUUUAGAUCCCUCCUCACCUGAGAUCAAAUUCAAGCAGACAGACGAGGCCAUUGUUGAACAUCUAGUGUGCACUAAGCCUGUUGCAACCAGCCCUCCGUCACCCAUCUUUGGUUUAUGUGUGGUAACUGACACUGUCCUUGGUACAACCCUUCUUGCCCUGACGUCAGUGUAUGAGUGCAUCGCAUUACCGUUGCUCUCGCGCUACAAGAGAGAUGCAGGCAGAUUACUCUCCGUGUCAGGUUCAGGCAAGAAGUACCAGUCUCCAAUGAAAGAAAUAGCACGAGAGCCUUUUGAUAUUCAUAUUCAAAAUGCACUCGCCAGAGAUGCUUCAAAUCCCCUCCUAAAAACAACAUCAAAGACAGAUCUCUCUCCCCAGGAAUGUUUCCAGCUGCUGAGUCGAUCAACACAGAUCUUCAGAGAGGAAUAUAUACAGAAACAAGAGCUGGCCAGGGAAGACAUACAGAGAAGGGUACGAUUCCUUAGGGAGCAGAAGAAAUAUUUAUCGAAUGAGUUACAGAAAAGUCGGGAGGCUCGGAACAUCUUGACAGACAAGGCCAGACAGAUGGCGGACAGAUACGAUGAUACUUAUGAGAAUCAGCGCCUGAUUGUACAGAGGGUUGAAAAUGUCCUAAGAAAGGUGCAGUCGCGGUUACCGGUGCUCUCAGACGAGGAGAAGGACAUGCAUAAAGAACUCAAGUCAAUCGAAGAAAGAAUGAAACGUUCGAAGAACUCUCUUGAACAAAUCCGAGUGAAACAGAGGUACCAGAGAAAUCAGAUUCUCCACCAGCAGGACGAGGAAAAGCCUAAAAAAGGCAUGCCAAACAAACAGUCUACAAUGAUCAAAACGUUGUUAAAGGACGAGGGAGACCAAAUAUGUGAUAUGGUGAAAAAUCUCAAACUGGUGAUGUCGCAAGUUGGAGUCAUUAACCCGUAAAGCAGUGGAGCUUCAUUGGACCCGCUGUCGGUGGAGCGUGCUGGAGUCCUCAAACUAUGGACUCUGUUUAACUGUGACAGACACUUGAGGUUAUACUGGGGAUGCCUAUAUUACUCACUGGCUUACUGAGAACAUGACUCUCCAGAAUGACAUGGUUUCCGAAAUGGACUACAUGUAUGAAUUGUGUUGUCGUAUUGAGCCAAAUGUUGAAGGCAUGAGAAUCUCUUGGGAGUUUCACAUCGAACUAAAUUGCAACAAAAUGAUAGUUGAUAAAAUGUUUCUGUGUAUUGACAUGUGUUGCAUUGGGCCAG